GAGCGGCCAGUGCGACUCGAGAUUCGUACGCGCGCGGUUCAUCAGACGGCCGCCAGGCCAUCGCACACACUUGUAUACGCACCUAUAUCUCUAUCUCUCUCAGUCGUUCUCGACACGCGCUUACAUGCGGACCGGCGCGCUCCUCGAGCUUUUACACCUCUUCGAAUUUCCAAGCGCAGCAGAAGGACCACCACGUGUGCUGCCGCGGAUUUUUUUUUAAUUUCCCCCUCCAACGAGUGAAAUCGGUGCAUGACCGAACACGUGAUCGACUAGAUUACAUAAAUGACGAGGGAAAAGAGCAGUGACAGAUGGAGGUGAGGAGGUGCAACAGCUAGUGCGGCGAGAUAAGAAGGACGAAAGUGCGCGAAGUGGAGAAAUCGGGGGAGGAAAAAAACAAGGAGUCUGCGCGACUCUGCGAUAAUACUGCACACAUACAGAGCGAGUCUGCGCAGAGUCGCUUUCGCGCACGCGAUAAACUCUCAAGCAUACAUAAGAGGGAGAGAGAGACCUACUGGGCUAUAGAGAGAAAAAAUCGGCAUCCAUAUCUCUCUCUCUCUCUCUCUCUCUCUCUCUCUCGAAGGGGUAAUCAGCCCCCUGGAAGUUGGUUGGCGCGCGAUAUGCUGGGAGGGCCCGUACGGGCCGGCGGUGGCGGAGGCGGCGGCGGCUGCGCUGGAAAACCGGCGGCGCCCGAAUCUCAACGAGUAGUGCUGCAGGAGCAGGAGGACGUCAGCUUGUACCACUAUAACCAACCCCGGCCGGAGCGACGAAGCGACACUCCGCGCCGGACCGGCGGCCCUUGCGCCGCGCGUGACACCAUCAUCAGUGCAGUGCGAGACUACUCUCGAGUGGUGCUUUUCAGAUCAUCCGCGAAGUAGUGUUCUCCUUUCUUCUAACGCGCGGAAAUACGCCUUCUUUUUUCUUUCCUUUUUUACUAAAUCGUUUAUACUGUCUCCGACACAACGACGACGACUCGAGGCUCGAAGAUUGAUGCCGUGGAGAUUGUGGCAAGAGGAGGCGGCAGGAGCUUUCUGUUUUACAUGAUCAAGGCGGUAGCCAUGUCACGAAUCUGGGACGCCGCAAUUAUCGAGUUUAACGUCGGACCAGGUGGAUCGGAACGCUCGCUUCGCCGUCGAGAUAUCUACAAGCACGCGGACGUCGGCUCGUCGCAGCAGCUCCACAACCUCGUCGGCCCACAGCGACUGAGCUGAGCCGCCACACACACACACACACACACACACACACACACAUAGUCACCCAAGUGCAAAUACGAAUAAAAAGAAGAAGCAGAAGAAGAAGAAGAAGAAAUAGAAGGGAAGACAGAUAGCCAAGAGGAGACGGCAGAAAAGCCAAAGCGGAAGAGGCGGCGAACGCGACAUAAACACAGAGAGGAAGGUGGGAGGAAAAGCUCGGCUGCGGAGUUUGGAAGACAAAAAGAGUGUCUAUUGUGAAGAAGAGAGCAGUGACGCGUAGAGAGAGGGAUCAUCUCGUCGACGCCCGGAUCGGUAUUUCAGAUCGAUCCACGCGCUUUGAAGCGACGGCCUUCCCGCUGGCCUGGCCAGCUACUAUGCGAAUUGAAGCUUUCAGCGCACUCGUCGCGGUGGUUUGGCUGACCGCAGUCCUUUGCAUGCGGCUCGUUGCCGCCAGCAGUAACCAGACAUUGAACUUUUCCUCGCGCAAGCCCAGAGAUCACCACUUAGGAGAGCAGUUUUCUCGCUGGUCGAUGCCGCUGGAGGAGUCGACGACGAGGCGAAUGACUUACCCGGAGAUGCAGUCGUUGAUCAGGCAGGAGGGCGGGGAGGAGGGACUGCCUGUGGACUGCUGUCCGACGAUAGAGGAGAUGGUCGAGCCGCAGGGCGGCCGCAACCGUGAGGACAUGUUCGUCGAGCUCUAUCGGGACGGCGAGAACGCGCAGCGCUUCUUCGAGUACUCCUGCAGGCCGGACGUCCUCGACAAGCCCUGCAGGUUCAUCGACCGCAAGCUCCAGGCGCAGUCGCGCUGCGUCCAGAAGUUCUCCUACACCUACGCCAUCGUCAAGAAUCCUACUUCCAAGGAAGAGGGCGAGCAGCCAGCGCACGUGCGGCACCACCGCCGGCAGGAGCAGCACCACUUCCCGGCGUUCCCCGGCAGCAGCAGCGCUGGCACCUCCUCCUGGACCCUCGACUACAUCAAGGUCCGCAGCGGCUGCAGCUGCGAGGUGACGCCCAAGCCGAGGAAGAAGAAACUCGCGGCUAUGAAGGUCAAGAGGACGAGGACUAGUCGGGCGCGCUCGCGUCUACACCUCAAUCCCAACAGCAGCAUCUUCUCCAGUAGCAGCGUCGCCGAUCAGUCGAACUCCAGCGCGGAGGUGUGACACACAGAAGCGGACGCAAGAGUUCAUGCAGGACACCCCCCCUCACAUCUCCUCACCGCGGACACUCACCACCGAGACGCCAAGCAGCUAUUACCACAGUCUUAUUAUUAUACUAUGAUACUAUAACUAGCUACUAUAUACUUGUACUAC